CAUGCAUUCUUCGUCCAUUAGGAGACGGAUCAUAAAAGGGUGACUAUAGCUUCCAGCAGAGGUGUGUGAUUUGCUCGUUCCCACCACCAACACCACCAAAUCAACAAAAUGGCACAUUCUGGUAGUCUAUCUCCGCCGCUUCCACCAACUGCAAAGUUGAACCAAUUCACGCUUACUUGGUUCAUAUUCUCGUCCGUUUAUGCUAUUGUAAGCAUUGCCAUCACAAAGGCAUUUUCGUACUUUCUUCCUCAGCCAAAGGUAUCCUGGCCCAAAGUCAAAGACAGUCAAUCGAAUCUACCUCUUUCAGAUUCCAUAACAAUCGUAACAGGAGCAAAUUCUGGAGUAGGUUAUGAAAUUGCAAAAGCACACUUUCAAAAAGGUUCAGAUGUUGUAUUGGCAUGCAGAAAUAAGGAAAGAGGUGAAAAGGCAAUCGAGGAUAUCCUCAAAGAGUCAAACAUUUCUCCAUCUGAUAAUAGCAGCAAACGUCUGCGAUUGAUCACGCUGGAUACUGUUUCACUCGACAGCGUUAGAGCGUUCGUACAAGAAUUCAAGCGAUGUUUCCCAGGUAGAAAGGUGGACUACCUCUUCUUGAACGCAGGUAUUGCACAAAAGCCAUACGACGCCAAUCGAUUCACGCCUGAUGGUUUGGAGUACAUGUAUGCAACAAACUUCCUCGGUCAAUUCCUGCUGACUGGACUGCUUUCAUCAUCAUUCUCUGAUUCGAUUCGAAUCAUUUCAACUUCAUCGCAAGGCGCAUCUCAGGCAAAGCUGGAUCCUAAGCUUGCCAUCAAAGGACCAGGAAAGCCUGAUGAAAAGACAAAUAUGUCCAAAUAUCAAGUCGAAGCUGGCUUUCAUACAGCCAAAGUUCCUCCGGUGUUCGACGCUAUCUUAAGCCUGAUCAAAUUGGACCUCUUCAAUCAGUAUGGUCAAACGAAAGCAAUGCAAGUAGCAUUCGGAAACAUCCUUCAAAACAAAUUUGACUUGGCAGCAAAAGAGCGAGGGAAUGCAAGACGUAAAUUCGCCGCUGCUUUUCAUCCUGGUUUCGUAGCUACCAAUAUCUUUAAAGGGUUCUUUACGCCUGAUCAAACGACUGUCAUUUCAAUCGCUCAAGCUAUUAUCAGGUUCUUGGCAAUCACACCAAAGGAAGGCGCACAAGCUGGCUUAUGGCUUGCUCACACGUAUGACGCUCGUCCCGGUGCAUUCUACGAUCGAGAUAUAGAACUCGUCUUACCCUGGUACAGAUCUUAUGAUGAUCAAUUAGCCGAUCGAUUGUGGCAACGCUGGAACAACGACGCAGAUCUCAAAGAAUCCGACUGGACUUUUUAAUGAUGAGAUCCAUAGAUGCAGUUUAAUGAGGGUAUAAUAUGCUAGUGUACAUCAAUUGUAUGAUAAAUGUCAUAUAGAAGCAAUCAUGAUUAAUAGAGCUCGU